AUGGGGAAAAGAAAGAGUCCAGAUGAUGAAUCGAUUUGUUCACGAAUUGGAAAUACAAUCUUUUCAGAAAUUAGGAAAAGAUUGAGAAGUUAUACUAGAUCUAUUGGCUCAUGUACUUCUUCUCCUCCUCUUCCUCCUCCUUCUCAAUCAAGGUUUUCAGGUUUUUUCUAUCGACGACAACCUCCAUAUUUCAACAGGUUUGAAGAGGAUAUUUGGACCGAGAUAGCGAAAUAUUUAGACGGAAAAAGUAUAGUGAGGCUUGGAUCUUCUUGUCGUUGGUUUCGUGAUGUCAUUUUGGAAGAAAACAGUGUUUGGAAAUACGCUUGUUUACGUGAUCUUCAAAUUCCCCCGUUUCGCCAACAAGUCUCCUUCAAAUGGAUCCACCUUUACGUAUCAGCAUUUGAUGGGAGUCAUUCUUAUCUGUUCAGGCAACAAGACAAGCACAUUGAUUGGAUGCGAAUCGGUGCUUUCUUCUUCGACUCAUCGAUUGGACUCCUGACUGAGAAGAUACCUUUGCUCCAAAGACUCCCUAGAGGAGUGUCUGUAGAGAAAAUGUUGCAGACAACUGGUACUUGCAUCUUAGAUAAUAUCAAAACUGGUAUCUGGAUAGCAGAUCUUCAGGUGGUUCACUGUCCUGUUUGCAACUUGCCCACAUGUGAAGGGACAAUGCAGACAUUAGAUGCAAGACACAUAGAGCUCUUUCUAACUGAGGGAUACAAAAAUGGGAGCUGGGACUACAAAGAGAUUGGAUCCCAUCAGAUCAGGACACCCUCUGAUGGAGCUAUAGGGGUCAUUCUCGACAUUAAGCACCUAAAAGACCGUGCAACUACAGAAGUGUUAGAUUUGAAGAAAUGGAAGGCAAAACCUAGUGAUUGGCACCCAAGGGCUCGAAUUUCUUGUCAUGGAGUAGCUGUCAACACCAACCUUCAGGAAAAUGACGGACUACAUGUUACAUACCAUGCAAUGAGAGCUGGAGAUGCAGAUGAUAGUGAAGUUGUUUCAAUUAGAAUCUCUCAACAACUCCUUUAGUUCCUACAGCUUAAGAUUAUACUCGUCAUUCACUCAAAAAGCUCGUCAUUCACUCAAAAAGCAGGAGCAGUAAUUUAAAAAAAUUAUAGUUCUGUCCACACACAUCACGCACACAGAUAACAUCAAUUCCAUUUGUUGGAUAACUAUUAAGACACGUAUCUGAGACUGAUAUGGAAAGUAUUCCAUAUAUAAGUCUCUUAAAGGUGGAAUUUGUUUAAGACU